AUGCAGUUUAUUGCAAAGAAACGAGGAUAUUAUAAGCCUUUCAACAUAAAGGGUAUCGAAGUUCGGUAUAAAAGAUACCCAGGAACCCGUGUCCUCCCUCUAGAGAGGGCAUCCGGCUUGGGGGAGGGUGAUGGGUAUAAACCACCCUCUAAGAACGGUGAUGCCUUCGAUGGUAUAGGGAGAAUGGUCAGUAUGGACCAUUCUCCCUCAGUGUCCUCCCGACCUAUCCAAGGGAGGCCAUUCGGAGGCCUGGGGGGUGCUGUUAGAAUGGUUGAAAAAUGGAUGCCUGUACCAAGGGCGCCGGCAGUGCCAAAACGGCAAGUUGCCGGUGCUAACUUGGGUGGCAUUGCCGCGCUGGGGGUAAUGGGCUCAGGCCCUAUAUUCCGAUGGAAUAAGGCCAAGGGUAUAGCCCUUCUGUGUCUGGUCUCAUCCAAAGCAGACAUCAGAAGUAAAAACAUGCCUUCAAAGUGA